GCCGCAGCAGCGUUCGUGCCACCGUUCUCGAAGCCGGCGCCAUCGAAAUGGGACGAUGCACAGAAGUGGAUUGCCAGCCCGACAACUAACCGAGGGGGAAGUAAGGCCGGCGGAGGGCAGCCGAAGAAGGGUAGUCUGGCGGGACACAUGAACCGACAUGCAGCGGCGAAGGUUGUCUUGGAUGUGGAGGAAGUAGACACCAAGAGGGUGGACGGGUGCCAAGCAAGCAAGAAAGUCGGUGAGAUUAAGAGUGUGAAUUGGCUGGCCGAGCCUUGUCCUGUUCCGGAUUCAGGGAUGAAGCUUGGAGUUGCUGUGGAGAAUUCAGUGGUUGAUUCUGCUGUCAAUCUUAGUUGGCAUGAUUCAUCAACAUCUCUUCAGAGUGCUACAUCAUUUAUGAUGCCUGCACCAACUGUUAGGUCCGUGUCCAUGAGAGAUAUGGGCACAGAAAUGACUCCUAUUGCAAGUCAAGAACCUUCUCGGACAGGAACUCCUGUGGGGGCAACUUCACCAAUUUGCAGCCCAACUUCGUCCCGGCCACCAACUCCACAAAGAACAGCUCCAGUUUCAACCCAGACUGACUCAGCUGAUUGCCAUGAGGAUUUUAACAAAAAGAAAUCGUCUGAAAAGGAACUACAAAGGGAAACUAGAAGGGAAAUACUGGUUUUAGGCCAGCAAUUGGGUAAAACGAACAUAACUGCAUGGGCCAGCAAGGAUGAGGAAAUCAAUGCAUCUAAUUCAACUAAGAAUGUCUCAAAAGACCAGCCAGCCAUAAGUGUUGUUGAAGCUCGUGCAACAGCCUGGGAAGAAGCAGAAAAGGCCAAGUAUCUUGCUAGGUUUAGACGAGAAGAAAUCAAAAUCCAAGCAUGGGAAAAUCAUCAAAAAGCAACAAUUGAAGCCGAAAUGAGGAAGAUCGAGGUUGAGGUUGAAAGAAUGAGGGCAUCUGCCCAUGAGAAGUUGAUGAACCAGCUAUCAGCUGUAAGACACAAAGCCGAGGAAAAGCGUGCCACAGCGGAAGCCAAAAGAAAUCAACAAGCUGCAAGAAUUGCUCAGCAAGCCGACUACAUUAGAAGAACUGGUCGAAUUCCUUCUUCAUUUUCUUGCUGGAGUUGGUGCUCCUAGUGCAAACUUGUUUGAAGCAAACAAUUCAAGCUUCUAUGAAUAAUUCUUUUUCUCUAGGUUCAGUGAUGUUGUAAAGCUUGGUAAUCUUCUUGCUGUGUUGUUAAAUUGAAAUCAUAACAUCAUUCUUUGUCUUUAUUUUUUAUCCUUUCAAUGCUGCAUAUUAUCCAAUAGAGGUUUAGAUCU